UCUGACAGUAGGUGCCGACUAGCUGAGGGAGACACACACUUGCAUCAUGACGUUUUCCUCGAUCCUGCCACUGUUUCUACUGGCUACCACGAUAACAGCCUCGCCUAUAACCACUGGAGAAGAUGUGCUUACCACGAACUCUACUGCUAGUGACGACUUGUUAAUAAUAACGGAAAACUUCUUCCUCGAAACCAACGUCAAAUAUACUGGUCAGCAUGCUAUCGUCAACAUUAUCGUACCUCUCAACAAAAUUAACUUCGAAGACGAUGACGAAGAGAGAUAUAACAACGAUAUUACAAUAUUUUUCGUUGAGGCCGAUGUAAAUGAUAAAGGCGAAAGAAAAGAUCAGGGAUUAUACGUUCUCAAAAACGGUAAAGCCACUAAAAUACUAGAUAAUGGAAGGGACGCUACAGCUUUAAAUGAUGAUAGCACAAAGGUAUAUUUUGGUGCGUCUGACGGUAUUUAUGUCUAUGACGAUGCAAAUGGAAAAACUAAUAAGUACGGAACUCUCACGGAUAAUAUAAUCCAAGUGGAAGCUGAUAAUAAAACAGGCGUCAUAUAUUUUCUAACAAACGACCAUGAAGUAUUCUCCGUCGCUGACGAAGGAAAAAAGAAAAAUAAAGUAAACAUUAAAGAUGUUAGAGAAAUCGCCAUUGAUUAUAAUAGUAAUUUGUACUAUUAUGAUAGCAAGAAAGACUUAUACCUAUGUAAUCUAAAUCAUGGUGGUGUCCAGAAAAUUGAAGGUAUACCAAGUAGAAACAGUAUCAAACUGAUACGACCAAUGUUUGCUCAAGAAGAUGGUGUAUUUGCUAUUAUAGAUGAUGUUAUAUAUUUGCUGAACGCUGAUAGGACUGCAGAGAAAAGUAAAGGAACAUUGAAUGUGAAACCAUCCGCAUAUGCCCCUGAAGCUACGUUAAUACAUUAUUACGCACUUGACAAAAAAAUAUACGAAUUCAAUGUGCUAGCAAUUAUUAGUCCCGAACUUGAAGAGUUGAAAGACUUUUUGAAUGACAAGAAAAAUGAAAUACAAAAUAUUGCUACGAAGUCAAGAAGUUCUUUUGGAGCGUAAAAUAAAGUUUAUAUUUGAUUAAAA